AUGUCUGAUGGACGGGUCGUACUUCCCUGGAGCCAAACUUAUUCUAAGCCAGCUUGGUCCUAUCAUAUUGGCGAACAAGGAGAUGUUUUCUUUGUUGAGCCCUCUCACAAAAUUUUUCUUCACAAAAAGAACCCAUCUCAGACUGGAAUUUGUCAUGGCAGUGAAAAUCGAACCAUAAAAAAUUUGGGAUCAAAACCGAAUGUUGAUUUUAUAUCUGUGGAUUCUCAAAGUAAUGAAUCAUCCAACUGUUCUCUGAGUCUUGACUCCAUAAAAUCCCAAAAUAGUAAUUCUAACAGAAAAGACAUCUUUCUGUUGCCAAAACUGUGUGAUGAGAAGGAUGACAUUUCUGAUGUGGAAUUAUUUGAAAAACUUUUUGGAAUUGUUCUUUGCAGUUAUAAUCUCAAGUUACCCAAAACAAAUUCUGUAAAGAAUAAGCCUCAAGCAUUAAAUGAUCGGAAACUUAUUGUUCAAAAAGUUGUGAUUGGAAGUCAAGCCCAAAGGACACAGAAUAUUCAUAAAGGUGAUAUAUUGAUUUCCAUUGAUGACAAAAAAGUUUCAUGGAAUACACUCAGAACUGUUCUUCUUUAUGCUAAAAAGCAAGUACCGCUUAAACUAACAUUCCAAACACCAGUUGUUGUUGGCUCCCCCAAUUCUGAAACCAAAAGUGGUAUUAAAUCUCCAUUUUGUGAGAAUCUCAUGUUGUCAUCAUCAGGAGAAGAUCUGGAUUCUUUGAUGUCUUCUUUGGAUGCUCAUAAAUGCAAAUUACUUUGUCUCUCUUUGGAAACCAUACAGUGUGACUUGGAUUUUGGACAGGACAUUAUUUAUGAAUUUCCAUUUCAAAGCAACAAACUAACAGAAGUUAGAGGAAUUUUCAUUACUUUAAACCAAUUGCUAGAAGAUAUAGUGUGGAGUGAAACAAAGUGUUCCACAAUCAGUUAUGAAAAUCUCACAAUUAAUGUGGCUUACCACAAAGAGCAGAAUAACAUUCUUCUUUUUUUAAUGCCUUCAGAAUUGUGUCCUCAGUUUGUUUUGAUAUCAAUUCUCGAUAAUUUAAUAAAGACAUUGGUUGUCCUUUUUGGAAAUGCUUUCAAACCAUUCUGUGUGUCACAGAAUCAUUUACAAUUGAACCAAAUCUUGACACUUCUCUUUCAUCAACUCCUUCCUAUACUCAAUGGAAAAUCUUCUAUAAACAUGUUCUCUAUUACAAAUUGUCAUUCUGAAGCAAGAUGGUUUUUCUUGGAGGAAGAAAUAAAGUUGAUGCUUGAUGAAUUGAUUGGUGAUUUUGAGUCAGCAGAUUUUGCUUAUUUUGAUGACCUAAUAUUACCCAGGCGUUCUUAUAUUAUUAAAGGAUGCUGUAUCUUAUAUAAGGGUUAUAUGGUCUGUAAUCAUUUACCUGUGAAUGAAUUAUUGGAUGUCUGGUCAGUUCUUAGAGUACUUGGCCUUGUUCAGUUCAGCCAAGACCAUUCUUAUAAUGAGCUAAUCAUUUGGCAUAAAGUGUUUUUGUCACAAUCAAAUUGUUCAACACCGGGAUACUGUACCAAAAAGAAUAAUCAUUCUUUACUUAUUGUAGGACAGAAGCAAUGUUUAAUGUGUUCCAUUCUUAUAAGUGAUUCAUCAGAAGACAAACCAAAUAUACCAGAUCCUCAACUGAUUGACCAAGCUCUGUUAACCUUAAAACAAAUUGAAACAGAAGGAAUUCUGGAAUGUUGUGAUAAAAGGUUUUCUUCACCUGCAGACAUUUCUUUGGGUAACCCUGAAAUAUUUGUGAUGUCUUUGGAUGGCAUUAGGUCUUCCAAACUAUUUCCAACUUCUGAAGAUGGCUACCUUACUGGUAGAGUUGAUGAAUUUCUUGCACAUCAGGGAAGUCAGAGAUCAUAUGGUUCUAAUGACUCCUGUGCAAGUGGAAACAGUACAGAAAAAGGUAAAUUUCCUUCUUUGAAUGGACUUUUCGAUAUGAGUGGCCUUACUCAGAGCCUUAGCAGUGUCUCUAAAGCUGACCAACACAACUACAAUAGGUGUGUGAAGGAUGUUAACAGUGUUCUCUUCCACUAUGUUUGCAUUGAUCGUCUGGAAGGCAUUUUUAUGGAUAAAGCUGAGCAUUGUAAUCGAGGAACUCUGUGUAAACAAGUCAUUGAUAAUUUUAACCGGUGUUCACUGCAAAUUCAUGCUUUCUUUCAAGAAACAAAACAAAAAAUGAACCGUAAGAAGGCAUCUUCUUGUAAAAGUAGUAAAGCAUCUGGUUAUAUUCGGGAACAUGGAGUUUUGUUUAAUUGUUUUUUGCAAAGUCCUGGCAAUAAUAAAAUCAGUGGGAUGUUAACCUACUGGGUUGUUGGGCGUAUGUUUGCUGAACCAAUUGAGAAAGAAAUUUAUGUUUGCUACCAUGAAUCAAUCAAGCAGAACCUGGUGGAAUUGGCAUACCAAACAUGUUUCAGUCUUAUUGCUUGA